AUGAAGGCGACGGCGCCGCCGGCGAAGAGGCGGAGGGGCCCGCGGCUGGCGGUGCUGGCGCUCGUCUUCUGCUCGCUGCUCGUACCGAUCGCCUUCCUUUUCAACCGCUUCCCCGCCGUGUAUGUGACGGAUGAGCGCCCCGAACAGGAGGUUAUUUUGCCUGAGAGACACAGUGUUGUUGUAAAUGAAAUGAAGCAGCCGGGUCGUAGUGAUGCCAAACCAGACACUCAGGAUGCACCCGUAAAGAUUUCCAAAAUUGAUAAUGUACCUUCCAGAGUUAUCACUAAACCAGAAGUUCUCCCCCCACCAGCAAUUGAGCGAGCAAAGCAAAUACCGGUUCCAGUUCCAGUUCCAGUUCUACACAGAAAUGGUUCCAAUCCCAAUGUCAACAUCAGACCGCCUAGGGUUCCUAGUGCUGAUGAAUUGGAGAAGGCUAAGGCUUGCCAACUUGAAUUCGGGAGUUACUGUCUCUGGUCCAUAGAACACAAAGAAGUUAUGAAAGAUGCCAUUGUUAAAAUACUAAAAGACCAGCUCUUUGUAGCCCGGUCUUACUACCCGAGCAUUGCCAAACUUAAAGGAAAGGAGGCACUGACUCGUGAAUUGAAGCAGAAUAUCCAAGAUCAUGAGAGGGUUCUAAGUGAAUCCAUUGUUGAUGCUGAUCUACCAUCCUUUAUUAAAAAGAAGAUAGAGAAGAUGCACCAAGCAAUAGCAAGAGCCAAAUCAUGCACUGUGGAUUGUAACAAUGUUGACAAAAAGCUUCGCCAGAUACUUCAUAUGACGGACGAUGAAGCUCACUUUCAUAUGAAGCAGAGUGCAUACUUAUACAACCUUGGUGUUCACACGAUGCCCAAAAGUCAUCAUUGUCUUAAUAUGAGGUUGACAGUAGAAUAUUUUAAAUCAACUACACUGGAUUCAGACGACUCUCUUGUCCAUAAGUUCAACAAUCCAGAUAAUAGGCACUAUGUUAUAUUAUCUAAAAAUGUGCUUGCAGCUUCCGUCGUCAUCAACUCAUCUGUCAGUAGUUCUGAGGAGACCAGGAAUGUAGUCUUUCAUGUACUAACUGACGCUCAAAAUUUCUAUGCCAUGAGGCACUGGUUUUUAAGAAACACCUACAGGGAAUCAGCCGUCAAUGUCAUUAACUACGAGCAUAUUAUUUUGGAGAAUUUGCCAGAGUUUAGCAUGCAGCAGUUGUAUAUGCCUGAGGAAUUCCGUGUUUUCAUCAGUAGUUUUGAGCAUCCUACUGAGAAGUCUAGAAUGGAGUAUUUAUCAGUUUUCAGUCACUCACAUUUCUUUAUUCCUGAAAUAUUUAAAGAUUUAAAGAAGGUGAUUGUGUUAGAUGAUGAUGUGAUUGUUCAACGUGAUCUCUCUUUUUUGUGGAAUCUUGAUAUGGGAGAUAAGGUGAAUGCUGCCGUCAAGUUUUGUGGCCUGAGAAUGGGCCAACUAAGAAACCUUCUCGGUGAGGCAACAUAUGAUCCCCAGUCAUGUGCAUGGAUGUCUGGGUUGAACGUGAUAAAUUUGGAAAAAUGGAGAGAGUAUAAUGUUACAGAGAAUUACCUGCAACUUCUGGAAAAGUUCCGGAACAAUGAUGAUGAGGCCUCACUGCGAGCUGCAGCUUUACCUAUAAGCUUCCUCUCCUUCCAGAAUCUUAUAUAUCCUCUUGAUGAGAGGUUGACUUUAUCUGGACUUGGCUAUCAGUACGGAAUUGAUGAAGAAAUUGUCCGAACUUCUACAUCAUUGCAUUACAAUGGUAAUAUGAAACCUUGGCUUGAAUUGGGCAUACCAAAUUACAGGAAGUACUGGAAGAGGUUUCUUGCACGGGAUGAGCGAUUCAUGGACGAGUGUAAUGUAAGUCCAUAGCACACUUUGAACAUGGGAACCAGAACAUCUGACAGUAGAUUGUUUCGUCUACUGCUGUACUAUAUACCAAGAGGACGAGCACUUCCAGUGAAAAGCAGUCAUUAGCCAUCAAUUUUGACAGAGUAGAUCCAGCACCAUCUGUUCAUUGAAUUAGUGAGCCUGAUGGAUGGUUUUCUGCAGUUAGAGAAAUUAGUCUUAAGUUGAAGGAUAAUGCAGUAGACAAUGAUGAUGUGUAGUGGCAAGGCUUCAGGUAAAAGGGAGUAUCACUCUCAUCAUCUAGAUUACGGAACAGGACUAUCGGUGAUGCGCUGUGGCACCUUUAAUUGAAAUUGGUGCCUUACACGGUCAUUGAUGCAGGUUGAUUCUUUUCUUCGUUAAAUUUUUGACCCCGCUUGUUGUGUCCUUGUGCCAAUAAGGGCAUAUACAGGCUGAAAUUCAAAUUCUUUGUUCUUAGUUGCUGCACAUUGAUUGUUUAUGAAAGUUAUGUGGAUGGAAAGUGUAUUCUGUUUGAUAGUGACUCGCACAGCAAGAUUGACAGCUCAGUGGAUGUCUUUGCAUAUUCUUGUUCAUUUACUUACGCUCCAGAAAAUAUGAAACGGCCAUACGGGUGGGUUGCUGAACUGUACUAACUUUUCUUCAGAAAA